ACCUGUGGGAUUCACCCAGCUGUUCACAUCACCUGGUCCCAGAGGUAGCAGUGGUGGUGGGGAGAAAGUGGUAGGCUCUCCUUACAGAGAAAUGCCAAUUUCUUUCACUGUGGCCUUUCUCUGCCAUGGUGUAUGGAAAAACCCCCCUUCUGCUGGGCAAAGUGUUCCCCACAUACAACUGGGCCAGGCUCCUUAGCAAUUUCUAGUUGCAUCAGAAUGUGCCAGCUCAAAUUGAUUUUGAAGGAGCAAAGUUGCCCAAACAGCCAUGAUGUUUCUCCCAAAGCUAAAAGUAAGCAUUGCUCGGUCAACUGGGAUACCUUCUCCUCCCCCGCCCCCACCAGGGUCAAGAGGCAGCUGCAGUCUGCCCUGAAUAUCUCCUUCUCCACAGCUCACAGCAGGCAGCAAAGACUCAAGGUCUCCAUGCUUCCUCCCCGGAUCUCAUAAAAUGGAUGUGUGUGGCUGGAAAGAAAUGGAGGUUGCGCUAGUCAAUUUUGAUAAUUCAGACGAAAUCCAGGAGGAGUCAGCCUAUGCAGCCGGCUUUGACCCCACCAGCCUGAAAGGUCGGCCAGGGGCCAGCGCCUUCUCCAACAGGAGGGUCCUCGGCAGUGACAGCACCAGCCAUGAGACGACUUUCUCCAAGCUACCUGGGGACUACACCGAUCCCCCAGGGCCUGAGUCUGUGGCCUUUAGUGAAGGCAGCCAGCGGGUGAUCAUCAACAUUGCUGGCCUGAGGUUCGAGACCCAGCUCCGAACCCUCUGUCAGUUCCCAGAGACCCUGCUGGGAGAUCGGGAGAAAAGGAUGCAAUUCUUCGACUCCAUGAGAAAUGAGUAUUUCUUUGACAGGAACCGACCAAGUUUUGAUGGAAUUUUAUAUUAUUACCAAUCUGGCGGGAAAAUCCGGCGCCCCGCCAAUGUCCCCAUUGAUGUCUUUGCCGACGAGAUCUCCUUCUACGAGCUGGGCAGCGAGGCCAUGGACCAGUUCCGGGAAGACGAAGGCUUCAUUAAAGAUCCUGAAAUACCACUGCCCACUAACGACUUCCACCGGCAGUUCUGGCUCCUCUUUGAGUACCCAGAGAGCUCGAGCGCCGCCCGCGCAGUAGCCGUGGUCUCUGUGUUAGUGGUGGUCAUCUCCAUCACCAUCUUCUGCCUGGAGACACUGCCCGAGUUCCGGGAGGACAGGGAGCUGAAGAUGGUGCGAGACCCUAGUCCCAACACCAACAAAACAGCCCUCUCCCAGACCAUGUUCAGUGACCCCUUCUUCAUGGUAGAGUCCACCUGCAUCGUGUGGUUCACCUUUGAGCUUGUUCUGCGCUUUGUGGUCUGCCCCAGCAAGACAGAUUUCUUCAAGAACAUCAUGAACAUUAUCGACAUCAUCUCCAUUAUCCCUUACUUUGCAACCCUCAUCACAGAACUGGUCCAGGAGACAGAACCCAGCACCCAGCAAAACAUGUCCCUGGCCAUCCUGAGGAUCAUCCGCCUGGUGAGGGUCUUCCGCAUCUUCAAGCUGUCCCGCCACUCCAAGGGGCUGCAGAUCCUGGGGCAGACGCUGAAGGCUUCCAUGCGUGAGCUGGGGCUGCUCAUCUUCUUCCUCUUUAUUGGAGUCAUCCUCUUCUCCAGCGCUGUCUACUUUGCUGAGGUGGACGAACCGGAGUCCCAUUUCUCCAGCAUCCCUGAUGGCUUCUGGUGGGCUGUGGUCACCAUGACAACGGUAGGCUAUGGCGACAUGUGCCCGACCUCACCAGGGGGAAAGAUCGUGGGCACUCUGUGUGCCAUCGCAGGCGUCCUCACCAUUGCCCUCCCUGUGCCUGUCAUUGUCUCCAACUUCAACUACUUCUACCACCGGGAGACGGAGAAUGAAGAGAAGCAGAACAUUCCAGGAGAACUCGACAAGAUCCUCCACAGUAUGGGCUCAAGAACAGGCAGCACGGACUCUCUCAGUAAGACCAAUGGUGGCUGCUCCCCUGAGAAGUCCAGAAAGUGAUUAGCCCAUGGCUUCUUGGAUUUG